AUGAAAUUGCUUUUUCUAAUAUUUUUAUUAUGUGGAUAUUGUUUUGGAUUAAAUUAUGAUACUGUAUUUAAAGAAGGUUUUGAACGUGCCAACAUAAAUCAGUCAGCAUUCGAAGAAUUUAUUGAAUCAUCAUAUUUAAAAGAUCACUCAUAUUUGGAUAUUCUUAAAAUUUCUUUUAUUGAAAAUGUAAAUAUAAUUUUUAAUUCUUCUAUCAUUUCUCAAGAUUGUAUUGAAGAUAUGAAAUUGGUUAUCUCAACAUUAAAUGAAAGUAUUACAGAUAGAAAUCAUUUAGACUUAAAAAUAAAUUUAACUAAUACAGUUAUGGUAAAUGGAAUUUUACCUAUGAUUGAUUCAACUGGUAAAAUUCCUAAUGGUAUCUUAUUAGGUAAUUUAAUUGCAUUUGGUUUAAAAAGUGAAUGUCAAAAUGUUUAUGUUGAUGUACCUAAUAGAUCAAGACCAUUAGAAGGAGCUUAUGGAAGAGUAUCUAUAAAUAUACCUGUUAAUGGUACAGUAUAUACUGGACAAUGUACUAUUGGAAGAAUUUUUACAUGGGAUAUUUGUGUUCCAAAAUCAUGUGAAAGUCACAGUGAUAUGUUAAAUUUAGUUAGAAGCUUUAACAUAUCAAAAAAAUCAACUAAUGUAUCACAAAUAUGUGAUGUAGGAACGUUUGCAGAUAAUCCUAAAAUGGAUUUUAGAGGAUAUAUUGUUGGUAUUUUAAUGCUUAUUAUUGUAUUAUGGAGUAUAAUAGCAAGUAUAGUUGAUAUUUAUAUUGUUCCUAUUCUUAAGAGUAAGAAAUCAACAAUAUUAUAUAAAAAAUCAUUUAAAUUAAUGCAAGCAAUGUCUUUGUAUACAAAUAUAAAGACUAUUCUUAAAUUACCUAAAAAACCAACAUUACCAAAAGAUGAUAAUGGUUUAGGAAAAACUUUUGUACGAUCAGAAAUUAUUUCAUCACUUCAUUGUAUAAGAGUAAUAUCAAUUAUUUGGGUUAUGAUGGGACAUUGUUUAGGUUUUGUAAUGGUAAUUGCUGUUAAUCCAAAAGAUAUGGUUAAACUUUUUGGGGAUUACUCAAAACAAUAUCUUCCUAAUGCAUUUUUUUCUGUAGAUUCAUUUUUUUUUAUGUCAGGACUUUUACUUUCAUUUAUGUUUUUUAAAUCAUUAAAACGAAAUCGUAGGAGAACAUUAUCUAUUAAUAAUUUUAUAAUGAUGUAUGCUCAUCGUAUCAUAAGAUUGUCUCCAUCUUAUUAUAUGGCUGUGGCAUUUUAUACAUGGGUUUUUGCACCUAAUUUUAUUAAUAAUAUGGCAAUUUAUAUAUUAUCAGCAUUUAAUGGUUCAAAUAGUUGUAAUGAUUAUUGGUGGACCAACUUUUUAUAUAUUAAUAAUUAUGUUCAUGUAAAAAAUCAAUGUUAUUUAAUUUCAUGGUAUCUUGCAACUGACCUUCAAAUUUUCUUAUUUUGUCCAAUUAUUUUAAUUCCAUUAGCUCUUAAUGUUAAACUUGGAUUAAUUGUAUCUGUGGGAAUAAUAGCACUUUCAACGGCUGUAAAUAUUUUUGAAGUCUUUUAUUUUUAUUUCCCUCCAUCAGACUUUUCUUAUGGUUGGAUGGAUCCUAGAAUGAAAGAUUAUACAGAUUAUACAGAAUUUAUGUAUAAUGCACCAUGGAUUAGAUGUCAAAUAUAUAUUAUUGGAAUGUUAGUUGGAUAUUUUUUACAAAUGAAAAAAUCAUUAAAAAUACCAUUUUUUGUUAAUAUAUUAGGAUGGAUUGUAUCAUUGAUUAUUAUGGUAGCUGAUGUCAUAUCAAUUAGAGAUUGGGCCAGUGGUUUACCAAUGGAUUUAUUUCCACGUGCUAUGUAUUCAGCAUUCUCCAAAAUUGGUUGGGGUAUAUCACUUUCUUUUAUUGUUAUAUCUUGUUUUUAUGGUCAUGGUGGUAUUAUUAAUCGAUUUAUGUCAUGGCCACUUUGGUCACCUUUAGGAAAAAUUACUUAUUCUACAUAUCUUAUACAUCUUAUGGUAAUAACAUAUGUUAUUGGUGGUAUGGAAGACCAAUUUAUAUUUGUUAGUGUAUGGAAUACAUUUAUAUAUAUUAUUCUUCCAAUUAUUAUUCUUAGUUUCUUUUUCUCUUUUAUAUGGUGUGCAAUAUUUGAAGUUGGAGUAGGAAAAAUUGAAGAUUUAUUAUUAGAUAGAAGAGGUGAAGGCAAAAAAAAUAACGGAAAUCCUGUUGUUAAAGAAAGUGUCAAAAUUCAUGAUGAAAAAACAGUUGAAAAAAUAAAUGAUGGAUGGAGAUAUUCAAUUUUUAGCAUAGAUAAUUAUAAGAUAUAA